AUGUCAGAUGAUACGAACAAUUCAAUUCAUGAUUCAUCUUUAACUAGCAAACAAUCAUUUAAUAUUCAGAGAACAAUUGAAUUAAAUCAAGUUCAACAAGAUACUGAUCAUUUUGAAUUAGAAAAACAAACUUUAUUUGAAGAAUGUACAUCAUUGAAAAAACAAUGUGAUGAACUUACUAAACAAAAACAAGCAAUAGAAAUUAGAUCACAUAUGUUAUUAGAUGAAAGUCGUCAAAUAAUUGAAGAAAAAGAUAAUGAAUUAAAACAACUUCAAGAAACUAACAAUAUUCUUUUAUCAAAUGAUCAACCGAAUGUUAAUGAAUUUGUUAAAUAUCAAAAAAUGUUAAAUGAAUUAAAAGAUGAAAAUAUUCAUUUGAAAAAUGAAAUGUUUAGUUUAAAAACCAUACUUGAAUCAAAAGAAAAAAUUGAGAAAGAAUAUCAAGAACAAAUUCAUAGAUUACAAUUACGUAUUACAGAACUUGAAGAUUGGAAUGGAGAUUUUCAAAAAAAUGAAUCAUCCGAAACAAUCGAAAUGAACAAUAAGGAAUAUUCUAAUUUACAAUCAAAUAUCGAUUUAUUAACAUCUCGUAAUAGACAAUUAGAAAAUGAUUUACAACGUUUACAAUCACAACAACGAAAUAAUCAAUUAGCUUUAGAACGUCUUGAUGAAUAUGAAGAAACAAUUUCUCAAUUACAAGAAGAACUUAAUCAAUUACAGUCAAAUAAGAAAAAACAACAAACCGGUGCUGAUGAAGAUCUGAAUCGUCGUCUUGUUGAAGAACGAAAACGAUAUGAUGCAAUAGUUGAUCUUCUUGAAGAAACACGUUUACAAAUGAAAAAUGAAAAAAAACAAUCGGAAGAAAAAAUUUUACAAAUUGAAACUAACUUAAACGAAAGAUUUCAGCAAGAAAAAAUAAAUCUUGAAAAUCAACUUCAAAAUAAAGACAAGCAAAUUGAAAUUGAAAGAAAUGAACGAGAAAAUCUUCAAAAACAGAUAAAUAAUCUCCAACAAUCGAAAGAUGAUCAAGAACAAGAAAAUCAUUUAAAAGAAAUAUAUGUUCGAGAAAUGCUUGAACGACAAAUAAUUGAACUUAAUGAACAAGUACAAUCAUUAGAAAAUGAUAAAAAUGAACUUAAUUAUCAAAUAGAUGAACUUCGACAACAGACUUUCACUGCGACACCUGGUGCACCACCCAUGAUUAAUAUAUCAUCACAAAUUCGAGACGUUUCUCUAUCUCCACAAACAUCAUCUGAUCAUUUAUUUGAACUCGAAAGUCAAAUUUCUCAAAAUGAAAAACAAUUUCGUCAAAUAAAUUCCAUCUAUAAUCAAUUUCUUACUCUUCUACCAUGUGAAUAUACAUCUUCAAAUGAUACUCAUAUAUCAUUUGAAGAUCGGUUUGCUAAUCUUUUUGAACAAUUCUCAACAUAUAUUGGUACAUUUUCUAUAAUACAAGAAGAACUUGAUUCUUUAAAACAAAUACUUAAUGAAAGAGAAGAUGAACUUGAAAAAUUACGAACACAUUUAGAAUUAACAACACAUAAAUUAACACAAUUACAAGAAGAACAAACUUUAUUAAAUAAAGAUAAAUCAUCUGAAAGUGAUGAAGAUGAAUUAGAAGAAAUUCUUGGAAUUCAACAACGUGCACCAUCAAGACAAUCACUUUUAUCAAUAACACCAGGUGAAAAACAACAAUUAACAGCACAAAAUGAACUUCUUUCAUCAUUAUUAAUUGAAAAAGAACAAGAAUUAAUAUCAUUACAACAAGCAAAAAAAUCACAUGAAGAUUUAAUAAAAAAUUUAGAAUUAUUACAAUUAAAUUUACAACAAAUGGAAUAUGAUAAAGAUAUUAAACAAAUUGAAUUAAAUGAUAUAAGAAAUGUACUUGAUGAAAAAUUAAGAGAAAAUUCUUCAUUAAAAAAAGAAAAAAUGUAUUUUAUUGAAAAACUUGCUGAAUUGGAACGUGAACGAUACGAACAACAAUCGAUUAUUCAAAUGUCAUCUAAACAAUCAUCACAUGAUGAUAAAGGAAUCUCAUCAACAUCAAUAACAACAAAAGUCCAAGAACAAAAUGUAAAUCAAUAA